GAAUUUUGAAAUUUGAGAUGGCAUCAAGAUUUUCUAAAGUGCCGAAAUUUUUCCUGUAUGCAAACAAACAAUUAGAGGAUAAGAUAACUUGAAUCUGAAAAUCGUGUUUCAUAUGAAUUUAUCCAUUAUAGUUUUAAUUUAAAGAGUCUAAGGCUAAGCACUGUAUUUGAAAUUUAGAUUAAUUAAUUCCCUUUCAUGAUGUUUAUAAGUGUCAUUUGGUUUUUGGUGCUAUUAGAAGGUUUGAAUUCUGAAGAUAUAACUCCAUGUUCAUCACGGCUUACUUGUGGAACAUGCAUUGCUUCUCCAAAUUGUGCUUGGUGUUCAGAAAGGGUUUACAAAAGAGGAGCGUCUAGAUGUGAUAUUAUAGAAAAUCUCCUUGAAAAAGGCUGUUCUAAGAAAAAUAUCAUCAGUCCUUCAACAGUGUCUGAGAUUUUAGUGAAUGAGGAUUUGAGUGAUGCUGGAGCUGUUGCUGGCUCUGCCAUUCAGCUUAAACCACAGAAGUUCAAACUUUCUUUAAGACCAGGUGAUCCAGCUGCAUUCACAUUGACUUUUAGGCAGGCAGAAGACUAUCCUGUUGAUUUAUAUUAUUUAAUGGAUUUAACUUUUACUAUGAAAAAGCAUAAAGAAACACUGGCAGAGCUUGCUGACACAAUAGCUGAAAGCAUGAAUAAUGUUACGAAAAAUUUCAGACUUGGAUUUGGCUCUUUUAUUGAUAAAGUUGUUAUGCCUUAUGUUGAUAUGGUACCUGAUAGGUUACGUAAUCCAUGCAGAGAUGUAUCUUGUAAUUCACCAUAUGGGUUCAGGAAUCACUUGUCUUUAGAUGAUGAUGUGGCUCGUUUUACACAAGAAGUUUCUCGAGCUAAUUUGUCAGGUAAUUUGGAUAAUGCCGAAGGUGGAUUUGAUGCUAUAAUGCAAGUAAUUGUGUGUAAGGAAAAAAUCAAAUGGAAUGAUCGCUCUCGUAAAAUCAUUUUGUUUGCAACAGAUGGUGUAUUUCAUUAUGCUGGUGAUGGAAAGUUAGGCGGAAUUGUCAAACCAAAUGAUGGCAACUGUCAUUUAGAUGAUGAUGGAUACUAUACUGAAAGUAUAUAUCAAGAUUACCCAUCUUUGAGCCAAAUAAACACUAAAAUAAUUGAAAAUAAAAUUUUGGUUAUAUUUGCUGUUCCUGAUUCUGAACUGCCACUGUACCAGCGACUAACUACUCAUGUUGAAGGCACAUAUGCUGAAAGAUUAGAAAGCGAUGCAUCUAAUAUUGUUGACCUUAUACAUCAGCAAUAUAAUAAAAUUCAGUCUAAGGUGGAGUUAAAGGAUACAGCUCCUGACUUCUUAAAAAUUACUUAUUCAUCAAGUUGUUUGGGGUAAUGCAAUUAAUGAAUGUUUGAAUUUAUUUAAUUUGGUAAAAUUUUUAACCCCUCAGUAUUACUCUUUUAAUUGUUAGCAAUUUUUGGCUGCUGCAAAUAAAGAUUGUAAGUUGCUGCCAGCUGGCAAGGCCUAA